AUGUUGAAAUUGACUAACGAAAAAUUUUCAAAGCUUGAUGUCGGUACAACUGUUCGUGUCCCAAUACCAGAUGUCGAUAGAGCACGAGGUUCUCCGCGUAAUUUACUUGCUGUUAUUAUUUCAUGCGAAAAUGACAUGUAUAAAUUAUGUACAGAAUAUGGGGUGUUGAAACACAAAUAUACACGAGCACAAAUUUCUCCGUGUAAAGAAAAAUUUCUAGAGCUAGAUGAAGCCAUGAAAAAAAUUAAAGACAGGGAAAUAACAUUAAGAGAAGCCGCAGGACACGGAAUAGCUGGUCAUCAAGGAUUUAAUCGAUGCAACUGCAAAACUGGUUGUGGUACUAAAAAAUGUGCUUGCAAUGCAGCGGAAAUGUUGUGCAGUUCAAAAUGUCAUGGAAACCAAAAUUGUCACAAUAAAUCAUUAUUAUAAAUAGUACCUAUAGUAAAACAAUCAGUGUAUUAUUUGAGAUUUAUCAUCAUUUACCACUAGUUUUGGUAAAUGACAUCAAUGACCGGUGAAAGAUGUAAAUUUGAAUUUAAAAUCUGGUUUUUUACAUCAUUUA